AGGCCUAAGCAGGCUGGCAUUCUGGUUGGCUACAGGCAGAACUCCAAAACUGGGGGUCACAGUGCUGUAGGGUAUCUCAUGUGAUGCGAUACUUGUGUGUUUUCUCAGUGCACCAUGGAGAGUCUGGAGGGUGGUCUCCUGCUCCACGGGGUGACCCCAUCGGGCCCAUUCGGGACACUUUCCUGAAGAAGCUGGCUGCUCUGCACCCGUCCCGACAGCCGUUUCUCGCUGCCCACUUGUGCAUUCUGAUCCUGCUUCUUGAACUUGGAGACCACAGCAAUGUGAGCGAAGACCAGCAGCUGGAGCCCCUGAGACAGAUCAAUGCCUUUGUUCAUGGUGCCGCCUGUCAGCUUUGGACAAUCCGCAGCCUCUGUAGGACCAUCUGCCAUCUUCUCUCUCGUCAGACUAAGGGUGGCAGUAAAGAGGCCUGUCUGGUGCUGGCAGCGAGGCUAAAGACCCUGAUGCAGGCCUUCCUCAGCCAGGCCCAUGAGGGGGUCUCCAGCGACUUCCACGUUAUGACCCGAGUCCUGAAUUGCUCUCUGGACGCUCUGUUGGCUGACUUGAAUUCCAGUUCCUCCUUGAGCUCUGUGGACAAAUGGACACAGUGGUGGGCUUACAGUGAAGCACUGGGUUCUCAGCUCAUGGCUGACACCUUCCCGUGGGUCCCCAUCCUCACUGACCUGAAAAGGAUUGCUGACCAGAGGAUGAAGAAGCCCAGACGUGAUCGGACCACGGUGAGCAGACCACUGCUGGCCCUCCCAGACCAGCGGCUCGUAUCCGAGGACCUCCUUUACGGACAGAUGCCUGUUUAUAACUUGGGGGAGACGGCGGGCGAAAGGCAAAGCGGAGGAGAAGUUGGUCUCGAUGCCAAGUUCACUCAGUAUCUGGUGGACUGCCAACUGGACCAGCACUGGCUCAGCUGCUUACAAGACAUCCUGGGUGCCAACCCUCUGCCCGCCAACCCCUACCCACGAGUGGUCAAUGAGUUCAGAAGGGCAGCAGUCAGAAUGGACUUGUGGGGUGAGCCCAACAGCCAUCUCUUGCAUCGCAUCUUGCCAAGCCAGCCCACCCUGUGUGAGCGGGGUCAUUGCAUUUACCGAUGUCCUGGAGGUGAGGGCUUUGGCUUGGAGAGUGCCACCAGAGCCACCCACCCUGAGCUGCUUGCCAAGGUGCUCCGCAGACUGCAGCUUCUGGAAAGCCCUCCACCGCAGGCGGCCGGUGGUCUACAGGUCACCACGAGUUUGGCUCUGCACGCCCCGGCGUCCUGGCUUGGCACUCUCACUCCGUUCCUCUGCUCCCUGGAAGUGACCGAAUUCUGCUACAUCACAGCACCUCCUGGCUGUCUUCCUGAGGUACUGCAGGCCUAUGCCAAGACUGUGCACCACCAACUGUGUGAGCUCGGGCGCAGGUCCAGCUUUGCCCCAUGUGGAGUCUUCUUUGGCAGCAACGAAAGGUGGACGCUGGAUAAGGUCAUCAGCUUCCCCUUUGCCUUUGGUGAGGACUUCAUUCAGGCCAUGCAGGCCGGGCAGGAGGUCUACCUCAAGGUACUCCUGGUCCCCUCUCAGCCAGACUGGAGGUUUGUCCCCCUGGUGAAGCAUUUUGUCUUGUACUAUAUGAACCCCGGGACACAUGACUGGCUCUGUUUUCCUCGGCAUGAGCCCACCACGGUCUACCAAGUUUUGUUCCAAACCCUUGAAGAGGCGGUCUUCCACAUCAGGACGGCGGGGCCACCAGGUGACCCUUUCAGCUGCGCCAACCUGCAGGUGCUGACCACCCACCUCGAUCCACAGAUACAGCAAAACCUGAAGAGAGGAGACCUCCUGCCGGCAUACAGACUCCUGGCCCUCCGAGGUCUGACCACCCAGGAGGACGGCUGCCUGCCCACCUGCUGGAGGAUGCUGCACAGCAUGUCGGCUCAGCUGGAAUACCUGAGGGGCCUCAGUUCCACUCUGCAGGAUUACAUUGCAAUGAACCGAAAUUCCAAAGUUGCCAAAAGGAGGGAAGAGGACAGAGAUGACAGUGUGACCGCCCUGAAGGAUAACAUUCAUUUCGAUGCCAUGUUGGCCGGUUAUAGGGACAUCCUGAAGACGACGCUGGAGAAUCCCUGCUGUCUGUCAGCCCCGGGGCUGCGCGAGUCCCUCCUGCAAGGCUGGUCUGUGGACAGAGCUGAUGGAAAGAUGGAGGCCUGGCCAGUGGAUGUGCUGGAUGAAUGGCUCAAGAACACCUCCUCGGCCUGUCAGGCAUUGGCGGAUGCCAUUGCCUCAGAUGUGCACGCGUUGUGUCCGGAGAUUGGAGUUCUUCUGGGCAAUUUGGAGAGGCCAGUGGUGAGGGCUCGCAUCCACACUGCCACGCCACCCAAACUGGAGGCCAUGCCCGCUCCAGCUCCAGUCGUGGAAAGUGACAAACCAAAGACCUUCCAGAGUGUCCGCCGAGCUCUGGAAAGCUGGUGAGAGCAGUCAGGCCCUGCCAUGUAAGUGCACAACCAGUAGGGGGCUCCCUCUGCGUGACUCACUCUUAGCAAGUCUUGUGGCUCACAGCCUGACGUCAUGUUAUCAUCUCAGAUGGUCUUCAUGU